AUGGCUGUAGAUCGACGUUGCAUCGGGGAGCACCUGGCCCGGCAUUUCAACAGCUGCGUGUCUCUGGGUUUCCCUGAAAGUAAUUCAACGACGUUCAUGUCAGACGUAGGUGCUACUCUGACGUUCAUGUGUUCAAUGCGCGCUUCAAUAAUGGCAGAGGCCGUCGCCCUUCGCCAGAAUUUCACAGCCUCCAAUUCUCCGCACGCUGCUGCCAGCUCCCUCUCCCUCACUUCCACCCGUCCGCUCAACUCCCUAUACUCUGCCGCUCUCAUCCGCUCAGCCUCCUCCAACAGCCCUCUGAUCUCUCUCAUAUCAGCUGCUCUACUCCUCUCCGCGUCUUCCACUUCAUGCCUUGUCUCUUCCAAGUGCAUACUCAGAAUCCUGGCCCGAUCUUUGUGUUCAGCCAAGUCCCCCUUAACCGCUGCCAACUCCCCCUUUACCGCUGCCAACUCCCCCUUUACCGCUGCCAACUCCCCCUUUACCGCUGCCAAUUCCCCGUUCACUCCUGUCAACUCCCCCUUCACUUCUGUCAACUCCCCUUUCACUUCUGUCAACUCCCCUUUCACUUCUGUCAACUCCCCCUUCACUUCUGUCAACUCCCCCUUCACUUCUGUCAACUCCCCCUUCACUUCUGUCAACUCCCCCUUCACUUCUGUCAACUCCCCCUUCACUUCUGUCAACUCCCCCUUCACUUCUGUCAACUCCCCCUUCACUUCUGUCAACUCCCCCUUCACUUCUGUCAACUCCCCCUUCACUUCUGUCAACUCCCCCUUCACUUCUGUCAACUCCCCCUUCACUUUUGUCAACUCCCCCUUCACUUCUGUCAACCCCCCCUUCACUUCUGUUAACUCCUCCUUCACCACUGCAAACUCCCCCUCCCUCUGCUCCAGUUGCCUCCUCGUAUCACCCAGCUGUGCACCAAGCGCCUGCAAUUGGCAGCGGUAA